AUGCGCGUUGCCCUGCAGUUUCCAGACGAGCGUCUCGGCGACGCGGUGGCUGUGGUGCACUGCCUGAGCAACCUCGUCGCCACGGAUCAGCGGUACGUUGAGGCGAUGGAAUUGAAGAGGGUAGAAGGGGUGGUGAGAGAGGAGUCGCAAUGCUGCCCCGCCGGUGGGGUCGCACCGCCCCAGGAAAGAGGACUUCCAGUGGCUGGGGCAGCAGCAGCACACAGCCGCCCUGCGACGAUGGACAACCCGAAUUGCCCUAAGAGCGCAAUGCGUUUGUUUGUCCUGGCCGACAACACCUUUGGCAGCUGCUGCCCCGAUGAGAUCACCGCCCAGCACUACACGGCCGACUGCAUUGUGCACUUUGGUGAAGCCUGCAUGAGUCGCUCAACCCGCCUGCCGGUCUUCUAUGUCCAGCCAGCGUUUCACUUCAGUGCACUUACCACUGGCGCUGUGGCUGGCAGCGAUGCCGUAGGCGCGCUGCUGGAUGCUGAGGCGACCUUAGUGCUGGAGGUGGCGCGGCGGGUCGCGUCGGCUAUUCGCCAUCGGCUUACCAACUGGUGGGCCAAGAAGGCGGAAGCGACCGGCGCUUCUGCAGGAGCACCCUGCCCGGUGCAUCCCCGCAUCGCCAUUGUUGGCACGUACCCGACGAAAGCCAUCGUGCAAGCGGCUGAGGGUCGCUGGAGCACCACUGAAGAUGCCAGUGUUCCCAUCAGCUGGCCGAUCUUUGAAGAGCGCUGCCUCUCUGUUGCAGGUGAGCCGGUCAAGUUGCACGGCGCGGAGGCCAGCGGCGUUGCCGAUGCAGGGUCCACUUCCUCGGGCGAGGACUGCUGGGUCGUCAACGGCGUGCGUUUUCCGCGCGUGCUUUCCUCGUCAUCGUCUCCCGCGCCGUCGCACGAGGUACAGUACGUGCUCUUUAUCGGCGCUGUCGGGUCGUCGGCGCUUGUCCACGUGCUGACGGCAGAGCAGUACAACCAGUUUCACUACAGCGACCUGUGCCGCGAGUACCUUGCGUGGGACGGCGGUGCUGAGGUGAGCAACGUGCCCGUCGUUUGCGUUCUGAACAGCAGCUUUGGUGACACGGCAGAGGCAAAGGAGCAGCUGCACAACGUCUCCAAGUGCCUUGCGGGGUCUGGGGCUUCUCUGUCUGCGUCUCUCGAGCUGAGGGGUGCUGUGCACCAUUGGGUGUCAGCCGCGUGCGCCGACGGCGUCGCUGCGGCUCUUGUAACUGAAGAUGGCAUGCGAGCGCAGCAGGUGCUGCAGCGCCGCAUGAGGCAGCGCGCCUUUAACAUCGAAUCCGUGCGGGCAAGCUCCGCCAUUGGCAUCCUCGUCGCCUCGCUGGCCAUCGAGGGCUACUACGAAGUGACGCAGCAGCUCCACCAGCUUCUUCGGGCCCACGGGAAGCGCAGCUACAUGAUCUAUGUCGGCCACUUGAAUGAGUUCAAGCUGGCGAACUUUGUUGACACAGUUGACUGCUUCGUCGCGGUGGCCUGCCCGUACAGCCGGCAGAGCCAUUUCACAGAGAAGAGGGAUGGAUUCAUGAAGCCAAUCGUGUCACCGGCUGAGGUGCUCGUCGCCUUGAUGAGCGCCGACGACACGCAAGCGGACGAGCAGUACGGCAUGGCGGCCGUCUACACAACCUCCUUUCAGGCAGUGCUGCCGCUGCUGAAAAGAGCCGUGCAGGCGCGCCAAAGCGAGCUCAAAUCCCGCGCAGGCGGCACGGACGCUGACCCGCAACAACGGCAGAAUGACGAGGAGGAGCGAUGGACGUCCAGCGGCGCGCUGGUACGUGCCAGCACUGGAAGCGGCGGUGGUGCAUUGAUCGGACAGGGAAGCUCGCAGGGUGCACUCGCCCGCCUGUACGACCGCGAGUACGUCGGUCUUGACCCUCGAGUGGGGCAGACGCCGGUUCAGGCCAACAUCCUGGAGGGCAAGCACGGCAUUGCGCGCGGCUAUGCAAAGGAGCGGGAGGGGCAGGGCGUGCCACCGUCAGGGACCCCAUGA